AUGUUCACAGAAGGGCUCGACGAAAACGCAAUCAAGUGGAUCAAACAGGGAUCUGACCUCGACUUACCGGAGCAACCGCCGCCGCCGCCGGAGAUUCGCUCCCCCCUCGCCGAGAGGCUCUCCUCCGACCACUUCCCCAAGUCCCCAUUACUCUUCACCUCCAAUAUCUCCUCCAACCAUGCUCUUCCUCCUCUCAAGUUCCACUCCGGUCUUCUCGCGCCUCACAUGGCGGCGGCGGCUCCGUCGUGCCUGAGCAGCGACAUGGACGUCGACGAAGACGAUGACGAGAGCUUUGAUUCGGUCUCCGGUGCUAAUUUCUCCGAUGAGGAAUCGAAAGCGCCGACGGAGUGGUGUGAAGAAGAGGAGGAGAUGAUUGGGUGUAGCGAUAAGGGGAGUAGGUGUGGAUUGAAUAGAGGGUUUUUGAAGGAGGAUUUAAGGGUUGAGGUUCCUGGGAAUAAUAAUUUCAGAAGGUUUACUGAGAGUGAGGUUGGGUUUAAGCAGAGAUGUCCACCCAAGACUUAUACACCCUCAACUGCCAAUCAGCUGCUCAAAAGGGUUCAUCUUCGAAAUGCCAUUGGGACUACCCCAAGUGGUGAGGAAUGGGGGAUGAGGAGAGAAUCUUCGGACUUGGGAACUCCAAGUGCGCCUCCCAUUUUCAAGAUUGCAAGUGAUGAGAAGGGCUUUGAGGUUGAGAGUGAGUCAAGGGAAUGCAAUGGAAGUGGAAAUUGGACUUGCCCACCAAGGGAGGAAGUGGGUUAUGGUGAGAGUGUAGAACAUUUAGCGGAUGUUGGUACUACUAGUUCUUUGAAAGCUUCUGAACUUGAUGACAGGCUCGACGAAAGCAUAGCUGGAGAAACAAAAACUGUGCAAGCCAGCCUAUUGGACCACUCAUGUUAUUAUAGUACCAGUGGUCAAUAUGCCUGGCAAACUUUGGUUGCACAUGAGGCAUGUAUACGCUUAUGCCUACAAGCAUGGGCAAGAGGCUGCACUGAGGCACCUGACUUUCUCCGUGAUGAGUGCCUAGUUCUUCGAAAUGCCUUUGGGCUAAACACCUUUUUGCUGCAACCCCGAGGUUUGCAACCACUAGAGGCAAAGACUAGUGGGAAUGCAGAACAAAUUUCCCAUCUGAGGGCAAAGAAGGUGGUUGGAAAGAUAAGAGUAGAAGUCAAGAAGCUUCGAGUAAUACCAAGAAGGAAACUGAAGAGCACAUUUUCACAGCGAGGUUCAAUGUACAUACAAGCAGGGGCUGAAUAUGUCCGACAUGUUUCAUCACUAGUCAAAACAAGCAUAAGUUCCUUAAAGUCUUCCUCAUUAGCAGUUACAACUGAAGAGUCACUUUCAUGCAUAUUCCAACUCAAUAGCACCACCGAGGAUUCUGUGGUAGAGCCAAGUGCGGCAAUCUGCUUGGGCCCCGGAAGCGGUGAUUACCAUGUCUUCUUCCCAGAGAGUCAAAUGGACUCUCUUCUGGUGGAAGUUCAAGACACGAAAAAGUCGGUCCAAGGUCGAACCAGAAUUCCUAUUUCCUCCUUGAUAGAUAAUACUAGUGAUAAAGUUCGGUGGUGGCCUUUACACCAUGAUGAUCAACAAUGUAUUGGGAAGAUUCAGCUUUGCGUUGGUAGUACAAUAACAAAUGAUGAAGCUAAUCAUAUUAAGAGCGGGCCAGUUGCAGAGACUCUAGCCUAUGAUCUGUUGUUGGAGGCUGCUAUGCGAGCACAAAACUUUCAUUCCCGAACCUUGAGGUUGCAUGGACCAUGGAAGUGGUUGUUGGAGGAAUUUGCAGACUAUUACGAAGUUUCCAAGUCGUACACAAAGCUGAGAUAUCUUUCGCACGUCAUGGAUGUGGCAACUCCAACAAAAGAUUGCUUAGAGCUUGUGAAUGAAUUGCUUGUCCCUAUAAUUAAGGCCAGGAGUGAAAAAUGCUUGACAAGGCAGGAGAAAAGUAUAAUGUUAGAUUGUGAAACCCAAAUUGAAAGUCUUUUGGCUAGUGUUUUUGAAAACUACAAGUCAUUAGAUGAAAGCUCUCCUUCUGGGUUAGCAGACUUAUUUGGUCUGACUCCAGAGUCUGCAGCACCGGCUCUAGCUCCUGCAGUACAAGUCUACACUCUACUUCGUGAUAUCCUUACUGUGGAUGCCCAGACUAUGCUGCGAAACUAUUUGCAGACGGCAGCUAAAAAAAGAUACCGGAAACACAUGCUUGAGACUGACGAGUUUGUGUCAAAUAACUCUGAAGGUUUCCUUAUGGAUUCCAUAUCAAUCUCAACUGCAUAUUUGAAAAUGAAGAAUUUGUGUACAAAUAUACAGAAGGAAAUUCAGGCAGACAUCAAGAUCCACAACGAGAAUGUACUCCCCAGUUCAAUUGAUCUCUCGAAUAUCACUGCUGCUAUUUACAGCACAGAGCUGUGCAACAGGCUUCGAGCAUUCCUUGCUGCCUGGCCCCCAUCCGGUCCACAGCCACAUGUAAAUGAACUUUUAGUUGCAAUUGCUGAUUUUGAAAGGAACCUUGAAUCUUGGAAUAUCAGUCCAGUGCAGGGUGGUGUAGACUCAAAGAAUCUGUUUGACAAUUAUAUAAUGCUCUGGGUGGAGGAUAUGCAAAUUAACCUGCUUGACCUUUGCAAGGCAGAAAAGGUGCCAUGGUCUGGAGUUUCAACAAAUCAUUCCACCUCGCCAUUUGCGGAGGAAAUGUAUGAAAAAAUCAGAGAGAAUCUCAUUCAAUAUGAAGUGGUAAUCAAUCGAUGGCCUCAAUACUCCUUGAUUUUGGAAUAUGCCGUUGCAAAUGUGGAAAGGGCAAUCAUAAAAGCACUGGAGAAGCAAUACAAUGAUAUCUUGACUCCCCUAAAAGAUACCAUCCAAAAGAGGCUUAAUAUACAGGUCCAGAAGCUGACAAGAAGACAAUCAGUUACAAUCUAUUCUGUCCCUAAUCAGCUCGGGAAAUUUUUAAACACCAUGAAGAGAAUUCUUGAUGUCCUGCACUGUAAAGUAGAAGACAUCUUAAAGUCUUGGGCCUCCUAUCUGCCUGUCAUGGGAGAUAACAAGAAGGCACAGUUCGGUGAGCAGAUGAAUGGAAUCACAGUUCUAUUGAGGACAAAGUACAAAACCUACUUGCAGGCAACAGUUGGGAAGCUCAUUAGCAAUCUGCAAGCUAACCGUAAUACAAGGCUCCAAAGGAUUCUAGAAGAAACAAAGGAAGAAGAUGGAGAGGCUGAGGUCCGUGAAAGAAUGCAAGCACUAAACUCCCAGCUCGUUGACUCCAUUUCCAACUUGCAUGAGGUCUUUACAAGUCAGAUAUUUAUCGCAAUCUGUCGUGGAUUCUGGGAUAGAAUGGGACAGAUUGUUUUGAAAUUCCUCGAAGGCAGGAAGGAAAACCGAGUGUGGUACAACGGAUCAUAUUAUGCUCUUGGGAUAUUGGAUGAUACCUUUGCUUCCCAAAUGCAAAGAUUGCAAGGAAAUGCUCUGCAAGAAAAAGAUAUCGAGCCUCCUCGUUCAGUGAUUGAAGCCCGAUCAAUUCUUUGUAGGGAUACACCAAAUGCUGCAGAUGCAUCGACCUACUUCUAUGUUUAG